GUACUGGGUGACGGGCGAGGGUCAUGGGGUGUAAACGCUUCUGAGCUGCUGAACCUCGGAGGGCCGCCGCGUCCCCUUGCCCCGCGACGGUCAUCAGCGCGCGCGGCCCCCGCACUCGGCCGCUCACCCACCGUCUCGCGGCGGCGCGGCCCAUGCGGCUGGGGGCGGAGGCCGGCGCGGGCGCGGGCUGGGCGUCUCAGGUGCUGCCGGCGGCCCGGAGAGGUGAGGGGGCGGCGGCGGGGCCCGCCCCGGCCCGGUGAUUGGCCGCUGGCCGAGGGUAGCUGGGCGGCCUGGAGGCGCCCCGGGCGGGGAGCAGCCGGCAAAGCCUUCUGCGCGCGGAGCCGGGAAGAUGCUGCUGUCCCUGGUGCUCCACAUGUACUCGAUGCGCUGCGUGCUGCCGGCCGCUGUGCUCCUGGGCACGGCCCCCACCUACGUGCUGGCCUGGGGGGCCUGGCGGCUGCUCUCCGCCUUCCUGCCCUCCCACUUCUACCAGGCGGUGGACGAUCGGCUCUACUGCGUCUAUCAGAGCAUGGUGCUCUUCUUCUUCGAGAACUACACCGGCGUGCAGAUAUUGCUAUAUGGAGACUUGCCAAAAAAUAAAGAAAACAUAAUAUAUUUAGCAAAUCAUCAAAGCACAGUUGACUGGAUUAUUGCGGAUAUUUUGGCCAUCAGGCAGAAUGCUCUUGGACAUGUACGUUACGUGCUGAAAGAUGGGUUAAAGUGGCUUCCGCUGUAUGGGUGUUAUUUUUCUCAGCAUGGAGGGAUCUACGUAAAGCGCAGCGCCAAGUUUAACGAAACGGAGAUGAGAAAGAAGCUGCGGAGGUACAUGAACGCAGAGACUCCAAUGUAUCUUGUGAUUUUUCCAGAAGGAACGAGGUAUAAUCCAGAACUAACAAAAGUUAUUUCAGCUAGUCAAACAUUUGCUGCUAAAGAAGGCCUUGCAGUAUUAAAACAUGUGCUGACACCAAGAAUAAAGGCAACUCAUGUUGCUUUUGAUUCUUUGAAGAAUUAUUUAGAUGCAAUUUAUGACGUGACAGUGGCUUUCGAAGGGACUAUUGACGAUAAAGGGCAGCGGAAAGAAGCACCGUCCAUGGCUGAAUUUCUCUGCAAAGAAUGUCCGAAAAUUCACAUUCACAUUGACCGUAUAGACAGAAAAGAUGUUCCGGAAGAACAAGCACGUAUGAGAAGGUGGCUUCACGAGCGCUUUGAAAUAAAAGAUAAGUUGCUUAUAGAAUUUUACGAUUCACUGGAUCCAGAAAGAAGAAACAAGUUUCCCGGGGAAAGUGUUAAUUCUAAAUUAAGUCUCAAGAAGACUUUACCAUCAUUACUGAUCCUAAGUGGCUUGACUGCUGGUAUGCUUAUGACCGAGGCUGGAAGGAAACUCUAUGUGAAAACGUGGGUUUAUGGAACCUUAAUCGGCUGCUUGUGGGUUAGUAUUAAAGCAUAAACAAGUAGCUGUGUCCAGGCAGUGGAAUGUGCUACGCGGUUUACUGUUGGCAGCCACACGGGACAUCAGAUUGUUGCCUGAAUUUAAUAAGAAGUGUAAAUAAAGCCUUGUUGAUUGAACAUUGGAUAAAAUAGAAUUUCUGACUAAAGCCGACCUGCAGGUGGUCUUGGGCAAACAUACGUGGUUUUGCAACUUUAGAACAAGCUGCUGGAAGGGGAAAGCUAACCUCUGUGCCACCCUUGGUGUUUCCGUGAUCUAGUGUCAUCUUCAGAAGAUGGUUAGGCUUGUAUGCUUUGGUAUCGGUUCGUGACUCAGCUGCGUUCAUGAACGUUAAUUUGCAGCGUAUUUCACCAUAUUCGUUAUUUUUAGUUUUUUACAACUUGACUAGUCCCAACUCUCAUCACCGAAGUAUUUAGUAUCUCGCAGCUGUGUACUAUUUUGCCUUUUGCUUAAUGUCUCCAAGUGGAUGAAGGAACUUGUAUUUAUGUAUCAAGAAGGAUGCAAGGAAAAGGGCAAGAAAUGUCUGCGGGGAAGAAGCUGUGGUUUGCGCAUGCUUUGAUUGUAGUGUAUUAUUAGCUGAUUUUAUUUUCUCUUUGCAGAGUAAUUAACAUGUCUAAUAUUUAUUGAAGCAGCUUAAUUUGCACGCCCUGCAUUGUACACAAAAGGAUAAUGUGUCAAAUGUGAGCGUUGAGUUUCGGUUGGAGGCGUGACCCUGGCCCGCUGUCGCGGCACUUGACGCUGCCCAGCGUUCUGAAGAGCAAAGCGGAGCCCUCAGUACGUCCCAGUGUCUGUGCCAGAAUUGCUUAAAAGCCUUCAGGCUUCCUGUUAUUUUUACAUCAAAACAAUCAGUGUGAACCUUGGUGGGACCUGAGUCCACAGAUGCUUGAGGUGAUGGGAGCCUUCAAACGUCCGCCUGGAUUUCCGAGCAUGUGCCUUUUGCCUAUUAUUACUCUUGGGUUCGGCGGAAGUCUUUUCUUUUCCUGUCAUCAUGGUCGAUUUCCACUGUGUUUGAAUUCUUUUCCUCUGGAUUCCUGGCAGCGUGCUGCUCGGUGCCUGGCACAGGACGGGCGCAGGGGAGAAGCAUGGAGCCGGCCUCGGUCCUGCUGCGGGUUGAACUUGGUCGGUGAGGCUCUCUUGAGCCCGCCCCAGUGGCUGCAGCUAAGACACUCGUCUGUCUCCCUCCUCAAGCCAGUGAACCACAGGCUCAGCCCGCGAGGCCCGGAUGAACUCGUGGAGUCCCCACUAGUUUUAGUGGGAGUCCCCACACAGUUCAUCUGUGCCCCCUCAGAACAAGAGCCGUUUUCAGUCAGGAAGUAGUAACUAUGGCCUGUGGCUGACUUAAACUGGAUUGUUGCCUACUAGUCCCUUAAGGUAACCUUUCUGCCUAAUGGAUUUUUGUUGUAAACUCGUGCCAGUGCCCCCAGAUGAAACACACCAACUGAACCAUGAUGAGCAAAAUGAAAAUAAUAAGUAAGGGAAAUUUUGUGUGACUGACUCUCCAGACCCAGAGAGCAGGCAGUGUGAGACAGCACCUUUGAAGCUCUGGGUAGUCUGAACUGGUUUGUGUACGCGUGUGUGUGUGUGUGUCUGUGUGUCUGUGUCUGUGUGUGUGUGGGGGGGGGGGGUGGACAUGUGCCCACAGGAUAUGGUUGGUCUUCUUAUGCAUGGGGGUGUAGGUAAAACUUUUGAAAAGUGUUCCCAUGCCAAAUUGUGAUUUUCUCUUACCUGUAAAGUGAGAUUUAAAUCAGUCUCACCGUCUUUGUUAAUACUUUUUUUAAACAGUCCUAAAGAUUGAACCGAUUUCUAAUUUAUUCAAAGUAAAUGUAAGUUGCGUAACUUACUUUGAAUAUCAUGGAUAUGCUCUAAAUUUAAACUUUAAGAAGAAAUAUCAUUGGAAUUAUGUUGAUUAUAACUGAUCAUAAGAAGUUACAGUGAACUGCAUAAGAUCACUUUGAACAUCAUGUCUCUUAUGACCAUACUUAUAUUCUCACAAGAGUUCUAUAAGAUAUAUUUGUUAGUUUAAAAAUUUUGUAUUAAAAUAUUUGGAAAUUAGAAGCUUCUUUUUAACAUGUGUUGAUAUGACUUGAAUUCUUACUUUCUAAAAUUAGGAGCCCUGUAUCUCCCUGUAAAUCUUUUCACAUAUCUUUUAAGCCUGUGUUUCUGUUAUUAUUGUUGAUUUGCAGCUUACUUAUUACUUAGUUUUUCUUUAUAAGAAUGCCAUCAAUGUGCAUGCUUUUAUGUUUUCCAGAAAAGGGUGUGUUUGGAUGAAAGUAAAAGAAAAAAUAAAAUCUUUCACUGUCUCUAAUGUCUGUGCUAUUUAACAUUUUGCGACCCAGAAAUUCCCCAUUGGUCUUCUGUUACGUUGAAUAGGGUUCGUGGCUGGUCUUGCAUUCUGAAUUUAUAAAAUUAUAAUAUUUUUUCUUAAAUGUUGAACAAGUAUAAAAAAUACAGUACUCAAAAUUGUGAAGCAAUAUAUUAGUUUUGUUAUAUAAACUCAUAUUUUAUAUAAUGAAUAUAGCAAGUACUAAUUGCUUGAGAAUUCUGUAAUCAUUAGGGUAUCUCACUGAGACUUGUCCAAUGCCUAAAUUUAGCCGGGUUGGUAGGGAGAGUAACGAUCUGACUGGUCCUUACAUCACACAUACUGCUGCCUUCUUCCAGGUUGGUAGGGAAAGGGCCAUCUGACUGGUCCUUACAUCGUACAUACUGAUGACUUCUUCCAUUUAUUUCAUUUCCGUGGGAUUUUUUUUUUCAUUUAUAGUCAUACCAACUUUCCUUUAUAUCCAGAUUAUGUAAGCUUUAUUUUUCUUUUGUAAUGCUGUGUGGUUUGUUUUUACAUUCACUGAAUGAAUCUUUGUCAGUAAAGUGAUCUUUUAAAUAGAUGGGCCAUUAUAAAAAUACAGUCUAUACGAAAUUUGUCCUCUCCCAAAAUGUGCCAUCAGGAAGAGAUACAAAGGAACUGCCAGAUACAUAUCUGACUAAUUUAAGAAGCUUGAGAAAUGUCUGUCACGGUGCUAUUUCGUGUGCACAAUUGUAAAUGUAUAGUACAAAUAGAUUUUAACCAUAGCAGUGUUUGUUCUUGACGUAUUAGAUGGAAGACAAGAUGGCCGACACUCCAGAUACCACCGUGUAGUAAGUUACAUAUCUUUAUAAGUAGGUUUUGGGGGGCAGGGGGAGGGGUUAGACCAGUUUUUAUUGUGAGUUACACAUACCUUCAGAUUAAAGACGGGCUCACUUAGAAUGUUGCCUUAUCAGUUAGUAUGCUUGGCAUUAUACAAAUUGUUAAUUUGGAAACGUUCAGAUAUUUGAUAUCAUAUAGGUAAAAUAACCAUGUAAUCAAACUUAAAAUUUCCUUCAGAUAUCUUUAAGUGGUAGAUCUACAGUUACUGACUUAGUUGAGAGUAGUUAUGGCACAACAUUAUCCCCAAGAUUUCAUUUGAUACAUUUUCCAAUUUGUGGGCAAUGAAGUAAAUCCAUUACUUUUACCAACCGGGGACUCAUUCUUGGUGUAGUCGUGCAUGAGGUCAAAGAGACAAAUACCUUAUCCUGAGCAGGAAAAAAACACAAAGUUAUUUUUCAGAAAGCCACUCCAGAUGGAAAGCUUGAGUUACUUCUGUUGUUAAAGGAAAGUAGGAUCCUGUAGAUGAUACAAACUCGCAGUGAAUGUUGUUUGAUGGUCCGUUACUCCAUCCAAAUUAGGAAUGGCUCAUGAUUUUGUAUGUGAAUAUGUAAGAAAGACCUGUUCUGCAAUUUUAUUUUUAUAAAUCAUUAUGUCCUAAAAAAAAAAAAAAUGCUACUGAUAUUCUCUGUGUGUUCAGCAGGAGGGAAUAUUUGACUAACAGUCUUGGCUCCUUAUGAUGUGUUCGGAAUAAAUUGUGAUUUCUGUUCUCGA